UCUUCUGAGUUGUUCGUUUCGGACAACAAACUAAAGGCUCACAUUUUACACAAGAUACCGACAAAACACCAACUUACCCCUAAACCCACUUUCCCGCAAUCCACAAACACAAACAAGGACGAGAACCAAGAACCAGAAACCAUGAAGAGGAACAACAGAAAACACAAAUCUAAAUCAGGGGGAGAAGAUCAAGAACAAGAACGGAAGCGACUCGAGGUCGUGAAAGCAGUGGCACAAGCUUGGCUCAGUCGCUCUAACACGACGACAACCUCUUCGUGCUCGGAGUUCGGAGCUCAGAGAAGGUACGGUUUCAUCAGAGACAAGCCUUCGCGUUUCAAGAUAGAGGCGUUAUCGAUGACGACGAACGUUGAUACGGACGAUCACCGCUACCGUUAUCCGACGGGUUCUCGUUGGGAUUUCGGGCAAUCUCUGUGGGAUUCGUACGAGAUUGUCGCAGUUUCGAAGAAGUUGGAACGAGGGCUCGCGUUAGAAAACGCGUUUUCGGGUUUCGUAGGGGACAACGAUGACGGGGAAUGGAGCAGAUUGAUAGGGCUGAAGAAGAAGAAGAAGAAGACGAAGGGGGAAGAGAGUAGAAAUAGUCUUAGGAGUUUGUUCUAUCGUGCUUGUUCGAGGAGGUUCAAUAACGUUGAUGUGAAUAUUCCGGAAAGUUAAAAUUCAGUAAAUAAAAAUAUUCUAUCCGUUUUUACACAAUACAAUUAAUUAUAUGUUGUUUAGGGAUUUUCAUAAUUUCUAAGAAAUUGUAUAUAAUAAUAUCCCGAUGUCACAAGUGUUGUUUUUGAGGAUUUU